AAUUCGUAGGCGUAUCGCCGGCGGAUUCAGCAGUGUUUUUUUCAAAUUUUUUCAGCGCGAUUGUCGCGUUCGAUUCGCCGGCGGAUAGAACGCGAGUAUCGCGUUGAAAAUAUCACUGCUGAAUCCGCCGGCGAUACGCCUACGAUUUUCGCAACGAGUUUUUUCAUUUUUUUCACUGCGAUUUCCGCCGUCUAUUCGCCCGCGAUACGCCUACGAUUUUUGCAACGAGAUUUUUCAUUUUUUUCACUGCGAUUUCUGCCUUCUAUUCGCCGGCGAAUCGAACGCGAUUUUCGCGACCGCGAUUUCCGCCGGCGAUUCGCGUUCGGUGUGUUUACCGGGUACCUAUCUAACUAUUUAUUCUAGCUAUACCAGCUCAAUUAUUUCUUUUAUUGCGAAGUUCAAUUUGCCAGCAAUUCCAAGUAAGCUAGGUAGCGUUGAUUUCUAUGUGACUCAUUCUACAGAGAUGCGUUUUCUCGGAAUAUUGUUACUGUGCGUAGUAAGCUGCGCCGCUGGUAAUUUCGAUGUACCGUUGGAUUAUUCGAAAUCUAAAUCAGGCGAUUCCCGCUUAUUUCUGAAUAAAUAUCCCAUGUCAGAGGAUAAUCCAGAUCCGAUAAUAUUGGACACUUCAUCAGCUAAAACAGUUGACACAUUAUUACCAUUUAUUUUAAAUGGAAAAGCUACUGAGCCGGUGGAGGUCGUGAAUAACGGAGAAUCAGUUGACGUAUCAGUAAUAAAAAAACUACCAACUGGUGAUUCUUAUCUCACUGGAGGGGUUUUUGGUACGAAUAAAUAUCUAUACAAAAAAACGGUACAACUUUGGACCAACGAUACGACUGGAAAUGCUGGCACAAUGGUUGAUGGAGAAAGUUACCCUAUGAAUAUUGAAGGCAUGUUCUACAAUGAGAAAUACGGCUCGUUUGAAAAUGCACAAAAUAAAACUGAUGGCUUGGUGAAAUUACUUUUCCUCUUCAAAAUUUGCCCGACUCCAAACUUAUUAUUUGAAAUUACUUAUUCACGGAUAUUGCAAAAAGCGCGGAAGGAAGGAUCAAGGCCAAAAACCAUUCUGGGUGAUGUCAUUGCAUGGUUUGCUUCGAUUAUCCCUCCAACUCUUCCUACUUAUAUUUAUCCGGGUACAUACAUCGAUGACAUUACCGGUCAAAGGUCUGACGGUGUACCAGUUAUUCUUAUACCUAAUAUACCGUUAGAGAUGUGUUUUAGUGAAAAUCAGUUCAAAGAAACAUAUGGAUCAUUCAAGGAUUCCUCAGGACAACCUUUAACUAGAAUAAAAUCACCACAUUCUAGUAAUGGGCGUCCAAUUUUAAAAGCAGGAGGAUUGUUUUUGAAUAUUGUUCGACCGUAAUAAAUGUGCAGCUGUAUAUGAUUUCGAUUUUGGGAAGCAGUGUGUUAGGUACCUAUUUUUAAAGAUUUAUUUUCUUCAUAUAAUAACAUUAAAUUAAACUAAUGAGCAUUCUU